AUGUCCAUCAAAUACUGCAAAAAGACCUGCACAGCUCAGGUCAAAGCUGACAAAGCUUGCAUCCAGCAAGCUCAGCAAGAGAAGGAAGAGAAAACCCAGAAGGGCAUUGAACAAGUCGCCAUUGCACAGGAAAAGCUCUCUCUUCAGCAGACUAACACCUUGGCUCCAAAGAAACCACGUCCUCAUCCCAUUCCACAUGGCAGGAAGGCAGACACAGCAAGUACUCCCUCUAAAGCUGGACACACAUCAGCUGCUGAUCAAUUGAGUCAAGCACUAGUGCUGGAUGGUGGAGGAGUUUUGCAAAGUCAGGGUAUUGCUGCAGUGGAAAAGCUUCAAGUUGGUGAGGAGGAGGAGGACCUCGGUGAUUUGAAGCAAGCAUACGCAGGCGCAGUCACGACAUGGGCCCAGAGAGUUCACAAAGUCAACAUCAAAAUAAAUGCUCACUCGGGGAAGAUACCCAAGAGCCUUGGGGUGACAACAGCUGCAAGCAGUGCCACUCCACCACCAGGAACUACAACAAACUCAGUUUUUGGUGACAACUUCUCAGAGGGAUGCUUUCCUGAUGAGGAGGAUCAUCCUGAGCGCAUGGCAGCAUAUACACUUGACAUCAUUGAGGUUAGGAGCAGUUUGCUUACACCACCACGGCCCCCACCUUCCCAAUACAACUUCCGUGAUACGCCUGUCAAAAUGGAGUGCAUGGACAUUACCAUGGACUUCAGCAAUUCUGAUGAAGGCCUCAUGUUCUUGGAGGAUGAAGGUGAAGGUGAAGGCAAAGGUAAAGGUGAAGGCAAAGGUAAAGGUGAAGGCAAAGGCAAAGGCGACAAUGGUAAUGAGCACUUAGUCAUUGAAGAAAGCUCCAACUUGGCUCAAGCAAGCAAGCGGACAACGAUGACAACAAAUGUGGACGUUGCCGAUAACAAUUCUGAUGACACAGCUCCACCCACCAAGUGCAUCAAAACAGAAACUGUACAGAGGCCUGGAAAGGGCACCACUGGAGAAGUUGUGAAGGCAAAAUACAAGAACAGUGACCUCCUAGCCAGUUGCCUCAAUAGCAAUAUGUGGCGCAGCAUUUUCAUUCCUACUGUUGCUCACACUACUGGGGGAGAUAACAUUGAUCCAUGGCUCAUUGAGGAUGAUGUCCUCAUUUUGAUCCUUGAGGAAGCUUGGGCAGUCGUUUAUAAUGGGAAGCCGUCGUUGAUGAGCCAAACCAUUGUUCCAGGAAGUGUGGUCUAUCAAGUUACGAAGCAGCGCUUAAGUGAAUGGCAUGGUGGAUUUGGUUCUGCAGCUGUCAUGAUGAUCACAUCUUUCAUGGCAGCUGACCCACUUUAUGACAAUGAGGAUAGCCAUGCUUAUUUCGCUGCUUUCUGGCUCCAGGACAAUAGGUGGCUUUUUGCAAAUGUUGAAUCAGAUGACAAAAAGUGGCGAACAUAUUCUAACAUAUCUUCCAACAUUGAGCUAUGGACAGGAAUGUGGCAGUCCCUAUUCGUCCUGCAAACCCUCGCAGCACACCUCAACUACACUCAAGGCCGUGUCUCUGUACUGUCACUUCAGAGUGAGGAACAAUUGUGUCAAACAGCCCUUGUGCUCUCUGGAGCGGCAGUUAAGCAUGCUCUUCAUCUUCUGUCAACCAAACAGAUGAGCUUUGAGGUCAAGUCCACCAUCACCAAGGGCAAGAAGAAAAUCCCACAGAAGGGCAAGGCUCCAGCUACCAAUGGCGAGCAGUGGACCGCUGUGAUUAGCGAAAAUGCCAUCAAUCGCAUUCCCACCAGCAACAUGAAAGUUAUCAUUGAACAAGCACAGCAAUACAUGAAGGCCACCAUCACCCACGGUGGACGGUCGAAGAUGGAUGCUGAGGAAGCCCAAGAUGAGGACAUUGACGAAGAGAACAACACGGUCUUUGAGAUUGGUCUCCUGGCACAUCAUUUCCCUCAGAAGCACCACUGUUCAGCUCAUUCUAUAUAG